AUGUCUGACGGUACAAAUGCUUUCGCGCCGAGCUCAGCCAGCCAGCCUAAGAAGAGUAGGAUCCUGGUGCCGCAUGUCGCGCAUCCCGUCAGUGCCAUUCGAAAGAAGAGGGUUCAAAAGGCAUGCAAUAAUUGCCACAAGCGCAAGGUCAAAUGCAGUGGAGAUCAUCCGAUCUGCCAGCGCUGUCGAGAUGAAAAGUUUCCAUGCGGUUAUCGGAAUGAGGAAACGAAGGAGGAGCCGAGUCACCUAAUCAUGCACCUGCACAUUCAGAAAUUGACUAAGCUACUUCGCAAUCUCUCUCCUUGGCUAGAUGCGUCUUCGGCUUAUCUCUUGGAUCAAACGUUGAAUCAAAUGGGCUCACCGCUCAGAAUCCACGAUCCGGUCUUUAUGUACUCGCCGCGGAGGCCAUUGAAUCGGAUCCUACUUCUCAAUACCUCUCUAACGUGCGGAAAUUCGACUAAUCUUGCGUUUCCAGUUGGUAUUAAUGAUUACACUGAAGAGGACUUCCACCGAAAUGGUGAAGGGCAGGGGAUGGGGUUUGUUGGCGAACAUUCGGAGAUAGCAUGGCUAUGCAGACUCAAACAAGACCUCGACCAGAGGAACUCAACAUCCCACGAAAAAGUCACAGGUCAGCCUUCCAUAUCCUCUGCGAAUUAUUACCAGGACGACAUCCAAAUUUCGAUCAGCGAAGAGAUUGACCCCACGAAGCAGCCACCCCCGCAAACCGCGGAUAGACUUGUUGCCAUUUACUUUUACCAUUUGCAGUCGUCCUUCCCUAUUAUUGGAGAGUUGACAUUUGUGAAACAAUAUCGAUAUUUUCGCUCAAAUCCAAACGCCCGACCCGGUAGACGAUGGGUUGCAAUUCUGAAUCUUGUUUUUGCCAUUGCAUCGAGACAUGAGACCCUACUAGUCCACACUCAAUCAAACGAUCAUUUGCAUCCAACUUACUUUGCGCGGGCGUGGAAACUGGCAAUGGGGAGUACAGCAGUUUUAGAACAGCAAAACCUACAGUCAAUACAGAUAUAUGGCCUACUUGCCUUGUAUCUCUUCUCGACUGGCCAGAUAAAUAGAUCAUGGAAAAUAACUGGCAUGGCAAUCCAAUCAGCAGUAACCAUGGGCCUACAUUUGCGCAACGAGAGUCGUACUACCCAUUAUAUAUCGAAAGAGAUUCGAUACCGACUAUGGUGGGCGCUGUUCAUGUUGGAUAUUGGAUUAAGCGUGAUCACAGGUCGGGCACCAACCACGUGUACUACUUUCUGCACUACACCCCUUCCGUUGCCCUUGGAUGAGGCACAACUUCUGGAUACACGAUUCGAGAACGUUGUUACAAACCAAGGUACAAGAAAUGCUGUGGUAUCCUCUUUACUCUGCAAUGGUGCUUGGCCUGAGUCACGGCAAACUCUGAGUGAUGACACCGAUUUGGCCCACGUAUUGUCGCUGACUGAGGGAAACACCAACAAAGAUAUUGAGAACAUCCGAGCAGCUUUGGUACCCAAUGAUUCUUUGUGCUUCCUGUACAUGGUGGAUCUAGUAUCUCUUCUACAAGAGGUAUUGAACACAUUGCAUGCUCCUGGGGCGGCGCGACGCCCAUGGGCUGAGCUUGCGCUUGCAAUUUACACAUUUGAUAAAAAUGCCGAGGACUGGCUGUCCCGUCUACCAAAUGAGUUCGACUUCAGAGAGUCAGCUUUUACCCAAAAAUUCGCUCAACAGCGCACUCGUCUAGCCUUUCAGUUUUACACCACGAAGUUGAUCAUCUCGCAACCAUGUCUUCGCCGUCUAUCACGAUUCAGACUUUCACCGGACUUACCGGAUGCUGCAUGUGAGUACAUGGCAUACGCGUGUGUCACAACAGCAAAACGCAUGCUAGAGUUGCUUCCAACCAAGCCAGAUAUGAGCUGGCUACUCGAAAUUUCCCCUUGGUGGUGCAUUCUCCAUUAUACUAUGCAACCUACAACUAUUCUACUGAUUGAGUUAUUCACUCAUACUCAACCUGGCACACUCAAAAUCGCUCAACUGUUUGAAUAUAUACAGAAAGCCACCCGUUGGCUAGGCGAGAUUUCGACCACAGAUCGUUCAUCAAGGCGAGCCUGGCUGCUCUGUAUGGGCCUUAUCGCGCGGCACGGCUCACAGAUCGGAUUAAAAGUCGACCCGACUCGGAACGGGACCCAAUAA